AUGGUGCAUUCGUUGAUUGAAGCGUAUUCCUUACUUGACCAGAUGAAGAUAGUCAAGCCAAAAGUGGCCUCCAUGGAGGAGAUGGCGAGCUUCCACACGGACGCCUACCUGCAGCACCUGCAGAAGGUCAGUGAGGAGGGGGAUGAUGACCAUCCGGAGUCUGUGGAGUAUGGACUAGGUUAUGACUGUCCGGCUACUGAAGGGAUCUUUGAGUAUGCAGCAGCCGUGGGAGGAGCCACCAUCACUGCAGCCCAGUGCCUGCUGGACAGCAAGUGCAAGGUAGCGAUUAACUGGCCUGGAGGGUGGCACCAUGCAAAGAAAGAUGAAGCUUCUGGCUUCUGUUACCUGAACGAUGCUGUCUUGGGGAUCCUGCGGCUGCGCCAGAAGUUUGACCGUGUCCUUUAUAUCGAUUUGGAUUUGCAUCAUGGGGAUGGCGUUGAAGAUGCCUUUAGUUUCACCUCAAAAGUCAUGACUGUUUCUCUGCACAAGUUUUCACCAGGAUUUUUCCCAGGCACUGGUGAUGUGACAGAUGUUGGCCUGGGAAAAGGUCGCUAUUACAGCGUGAACGUGCCUAUUCAAGAUGGCAUUCAGGAUGAGAAAUAUUACCAGAUCUGUGAAACUGUGCUGAAGGAGGUGUACGCUGCGUUCAACCCAGACGCGGUUGUGCUGCAGCUGGGGGCAGACACCAUCGCUGGAGAUCCCAUGUGCUCUUUCAACAUGACGCCCGAGGGAGUGGGCAAGUGCCUGAAGUAUGUCCUGCAGUGGCAGCUAGCAACUCUGAUCCUGGGAGGAGGAGGCUACAACCUUGCCAACACAGCUCGCUGCUGGACAUACUUGACUGGGGUCAUCCUUGGGAGAACACUGUCCUCCGAGAUCCCCGAUCACGAGUUCUUCACAGAGUACGGUCCUGAUUAUGUGCUGGAGAUCACACCCAGCUGCAGACCAGACCGCAAUGAGCCACAGAGAAUUCAAGAAAUUCUUAACUCUAUCAAAGGGAAUCUGAAGCAUGUUGUUUAG